AUGUUACUAUUAUUAGUACCUGUGUUGCAGGGAAGCACUUAUAAAAACGGCGUAAAAAACUGCACACAUUUUGAAUGGAAAAUGAAUGGCGUCGGUCUGGAAUUCAAUCAUCUCUUUGGCUUUGGUGUGCUGGAUGCAGCCGAAAUGGUCAUGCUAGCAAUGGUCUGGAAAACGGCUCCACCACGAUUUCACUGUGAAGCAGGAACUAUUGCUAUACCACAGUAA